AUGUCUACUUUAAGUAAAGAAAUCAAUGAGUUUGGAAGUGUCUCUGAGGUUUAUAUAGAUCCAGCUGCAUACUCCAUUGAUAGUGGGUUAGCUAUUCCAUUGGCAACAGUAAAGAAAGAAAGGAAAUUCAAAGUGGCUCUACCAGCAGACAUUGAUAAAGCAGCAAGCUAUUUGAAGGGUUCCUUUAUCAAAAGUGAUGGUAGUAAAGAGGAGGGUAGAGUUGUUAUAGUUAAUGAUAACAACACCAUUGUAUCAUGCACACCUCAAAGUAUUGGUCGAUAUGAACUAUCAGUGACUAUAAGAGGUCGCCAUAUUAAAGGUAGUCCUUAUCAACUGUCAGUAAAAGCAUCAAGAGACUAUACCACACUAACUAACCAGAGAUCCUUUAAUGUGGGGAAUGGUACUACUGGUGUUGCUGUUCAUACUAAUGGUGAAGUAUUUGCUAGUAGUCAUAAUGAUGGGUUUGUUCUGGUAUUUAGUGAGGAUGGUACUGCAGUAAGAAGGAUUGGAUCUAAAGGUAAUGGUAAUGGACAGUUUGAAUAUCCUUGGAGUUUAUUGCUGUAUUUCUCAGCUACUACUGUCAUACAAUGUGAUGGUAAUGCAACUGAUGUAGCAGUUGAUAAUGAAGGAAAGAUACACGUUACCAUUCGUAAUCAACAUCAUGUGCAAGUCUUCUCUCCUGAUGGUAAAACUCAUCUUCAUACAUACAAUAAUCCAGCUGGUAACUUUAGUUAUCCUCGAGGUAUUGCUAUUGAUGAUGAAGGAUAUAUCUUUGUAUCAAGUAACAAUGGCUAUCUGCAUGUAAUGAGUCCUGACAGGAAACAAGUCAAAUUAAUCUCAGGAUUAUCUGUUCCAUGGGGUGUAGCACUGGAUAAGGAUGGAUAUAUUUAUGUUGCUGAUUGUAACAACAAAUGUAUAACGAAAUAUUAA